GAGUUCUUCCUGGCGCAUCCAGAGCGGCAGGGGCGCGAGUUUUACAUCACUGGGGAGUCGUACGCGGGGCAUUACAUCCCUGUUGUUUUCCCCCCCGCUCCCCCGCCCCCCGCCCCUCCCCGCCCUCCCCCUCCCCAGGAGUUCUUCCUGGCGCAUCCGGAGCUGCAGGGACGCGAGUUUUACAUAACGGGCGAGUCGUACGGGGGGCAUUACAUCCCGGCUGUGGCGGACAGAGUUGUUAUCGGCAACAGGCGCGAGGAGGGGCUACCUGUUAACCUCAAGGGAGUGGCAAUAGGCAACGGCAUGACACACCCCGAGGUGCAGUUUCCCAGCUACCCCGUCUUUGCCCACUCACGCGGCCUGCUCUCAGACGCGCAGCUGCACCACUUCCAGCUCUUCAGCAAGCCCUGCCACUUCGCCGCGCACUCCUGCGGAGAGUCGGGGAGAAUCAGCUGUGGGGCAGCGUUCAUCAUAUGCGAGCAGUUCUGGAGCUCCGUAUAUGCUGCCACGGGCUCAGGCACCCUCAACCCCUACGAUGUGCGCAUAGAGUGUGGAGACGACCCUUUGUGCUACGACAUGUCAGCCGCUGACAAGUUCCUCGCACUCCCCUGGGUGCGCAAGGCGCUGGGCGUGGGCGACCGCAAGUGGGAGAGCUGCAGCAGCCGUGUGUAUCAUGCCAUGCUCUUUGACUUCAUGAGAGACCUUGCUCCCAAGGUUCCUCACCUGCUCGCUGCACACGUGCGCGUGCUGGUGUAUGCUGGCGACGCUGACUAUAUCUGCAACUGGAUCGGCAACUCGUGGUGGGUGAACUCCAUGAAGUGGCCCGGCAUGGACCGCUAUGCCAAGGCCCCGUGGCAGCCCUUCGUUGUCAACGGCCAGACCGCUGGAUCCGCUAGAAUCGCCGAGCCGCUCUCCUUCCUGCGCGUGCAUGAGGCGGGCCACAUGGUUCCCAUGGAUCAGCCCGAGGCAUCUCUCGAGAUGCUCCGCCGCUUCAUUCUCAACCUGCCGCUGCUCGACGGCUCAGAUUUCGCGUCUGGCUCCGCCGGCGAUCUGGACGGUCCAGAACGCGAGGAGUGGAUAGGUAUGGAAAUGGUCGGUUCUGAUCGCUUGGUGAACGGGGUGAUUGUAGCCGAUGGUGCUGGUGAGCGGGCUGUGGGUGUUGGUGCUGCUGCUGAGGCUGAUGCUGAUCCGGUGGUUGGAGCAGCUUCAGAUGUGCUGAUGACAGUGGAAUAG